AACCCCGCCCCGGGCUCUCAACCCAAUCAAACGGCAGGUUGCUGAAGCUCGGGGCCAAUGUUCAGGGCCGUCCUUACUUCCUCUUUGCAGUUUGAAACUGUCAGGUUGCUGCUAAGGUAGCCGCUACAUUCACGGUUGUUUUGCCGACGACGCUGCGAGAAGACGGGGACAGAGGAGUCCGGGUUCGUGGAGAACAGCGACGCACCUGUGUAGAAUGUCAUCAGAUGAGGAGAAAUGCUCACUUCCAGUUACGCAAAAUGACGCCAACCAAGGCAGCUCUGUCUCUUUAGAUCUUCAGGAUGAGUAUGAAGAACUGCUUCGUUAUGCUAUAGUGACUCCAAAUAUUGAAUCAGGUGCUUCACAGCCAUCUCAUUCUAAGGCAGAAGUGGUGCCAGAUGUUAGAUUUCCUACUAUAAUUGAUGAUAUUCUUCAUGAUCAAGGUUAUGUAUAUUUUUCAAGAUAUCUUAAUUUAAGAUGUUAUUUGAGCUUAUUAAUGCUAUUGACUUAUAUGAUUGUAAAAAUGCUUCCAGUGAUUCUUCUCAGUCAAUGGUGUGUAUCACUGUUAUCUGGGGAAACUUUACAUUUUAAUAUGUUAUUCUUGGCUCUUAUAUGUAACGUACAAGAUCCCAAACGGCUUGCUCAAAGAACAAACUUCUUAAUUGCCAGUGUAUUUAUUUUUCAGACAAACAUCAUAUCUGAACUAACUAAAUGGAGACUUAAUUUUAUUGAUUGGCACCGCAUGGAAAUGAAAAAAGAGAAAGAAAAACAUGCAGCACAUUUAAAACAACUGUGCAACCAGAUCAACAGCUUGAAGGAGCUGCAAAAAGCCUAUGAAAUCUCUAUUGGGAGAAAAGAUGAGGUGAUUUCUAGCUUGUCUCACGCCAUAAGCAAGCAGAAGGAAAGGACAGAGUUGAUGAGAACAUUCUUCCACUGGCGAAUUGGCCAUGUCAAAUCCAGACAGGACGUAUAUGAAAACAAAAAGGCAACUGACAAAUAUUAGACUUCUGAACUCAGAAGUGUUUAGGAUCACAUAUUAGAACUUGUGUUAAAGUCAAAGAAGGAUUUCUUUUCUAAUAAAUCAAAAUGAAUGUACAAUUUAAUAGUAUUUCUUAUUUCAAAGGAAUUUGAUUUCGGUAUAUUAUCCGGUGCUUUGGAAAAUGCAAAAGCUGAGAUCCAAAGAAUGCAGCAUGAAAAAGAGCACUUUGAAGAUUCCAUGAAGAAAGCUUUCAUGAGGGGUGUAUGUGCAUUAAAUCUUGAAGCUAUGACUAUAUUUCAAAACAGAAAUGAUACAGGGACAGACUUCACAAAUAAUAAGGACGAGUAUGGUUCUGGAGUUCAAGGAAAGGAACAUUCUGCUCGUCUGGAUCCUUCGGCUGCUUGCGGGCCCUCAGCGGUUGCACCAGCGCCGUCCCCACCAGGAGCAGCUGUGGGAGUGACCAGCGCCGUCGCCUUUCCCUCUGCGGCUUCCGUCACUUCUGCAGGCGCUGCUUCCACUUCUGUUCACCUUCCUGUUUCUGCUCCUCUUGGUGCUGGAGCUACUGCUGCCCCAGAAGAAAUGUAUGUGCCCAGAGUUGUGACAUCUGCACAACAGAAAGCUGGAAGAACAAUCACAGCCCGGAUCACAGGGAGAUGCGAUUUUGCUUCAAAAAACAGAAUUAGUAGCAGUUUAGCUAUAAUGGGAGUUUCUCCUCCCAUGAGCUCAGUUGUUGUGGAAAAACAUCAUCCGGUCACAGUGCAAACCAUUCCUCAAGCUGCUGCAGCAAAAUAUCCCCGGACCAUUCAUCCAGAAAGUACUACCUCGGCUUCCAGAUCUCUCGGAACCAGAUCAGCUCACACCCAGUCUCUCACAAACAUUCAUUCCAUAAAAGUGGUUGACUAAAAUGAAUAUGUUCAUAUUAAGAUCUUUUAAUUCCUCUAGUUUUACCAAGGAUUAAAAGUCUUUCAUUUUUAAAUUUUCCAUAUAUUUAGAACAUCAUGGAUACAUCAUGUUCAUCUUUUCAAAAUUACAAGAGACUUUUUGAAGCCAUAUCAUCCUUUGUAACUAUAUGUAGGAUUAUUUUAAUGUUAUUUUUUUAAUUUAAGCAAUUAAGUAAAACUUUUUUAAAUUAAAAAAGAAACUGGACUUUAUUCUUUUAAUAGUUUCAGCCUGUGACUGAUUAUAUCAUCAAAGUAUAUAAAUCCUGUUUUUCUCUACAUCAUUCCAAAAGGCUAAAUCAUUUCUAAUGUUACCAACUAAACUUUAAGAGGGUUUAUUUUAAAAACUAUUACAACUAAUAGAAACUAAGAUGUUUUUAUUUUUAAGUUAAAAAGAUAAAGACCAAGAGUAAUAAUAACUUAUUACCAUCGUAUAUUUGUCUUCAUUUUUCUAGUAAUCUAAGAAUUAAAAAUAGGGGGAAAUGGCAAUACCUAUGAAUAAUUUUUAAUGUUAAAAGGGGAAAAAUAUUUACUAGCACAAAAGCAGAGUUACAGAAACAUCCAAAAGGAAAUCUGCUAUUAAGAUGAUCCUAUUUCUGAUAUGCUUGCUUGUCUUGUAAUAAACUGUACAGUUUUGGA